AUGAAAUGGCUUGUAGAACACCUUCCUCACAUAUCUAAGGUAAAUACCACGAUUGAAACCACAGAAAAUGUGAUAUUGACUAAAAUUUGCGAAAACAGCAUCGAAAUCGGCUGGAAUGAUGACAACUACAAGGUAAUAAAGCUACCUCAUCGCAUAAAUACGACGAUGAAAUGGACAUCAAAAAAGUCUAAGAACACCUUGAUAGUGAGAUUUAAUGCUAAGAAAUGUCAGGAAGAUGCAAUUUACACCGACAGAUCCAAGAAUUUUCUGAUGUCGACUAACAAUCGUAAAUGGAUGCGAUUGGGCCUGAACAAGGAAGCGUUUAAAAUUUUGUGUAGGGUCUGCAAAUCGGCGCUUCUAGAGAGUGAUGAGUGCCAAAAGAUCAGUGAUAUGCCUUCAGAAUUCUGGGCUGAACUCAUGGAUUAUUGGCAUUGUCACAAACCUCAUUUGGGCGAGGACAAUUUAGGGCCCGAACGAUAUGGUAAACUUGUGCCACAUCAUAACGAGCUUUUAGUUGGGGAGACGUACUUUGCAGUGGGGCCCAAUUGGUCUGGAAAGGGAGUUUCGAUCAAGGACGAUGUGCUCGAUUGUGGAAGGUGUCAAUCGAAAAGAGGAUUUAGAACAAGAGACGGAGUUUUCAAGAUUCCCAAAUGGAACGUCGAACUUCAGCAGGCAGGAGCUAUUGAAACGGUACCACGAGAUAUCGGUGUCAUUGCUGCCAUUACAAACACGAUAAACUCUAAUGCUACAAGAUACAUUCUUCUAUGGUGUAAGGACGACCCAAAGGCCAUUCUAUGUUGGAUUUUCGCAGUUGGAAUAAACGCUUCCUUUGCGAAUGGUGAAAUACUGCUCAACUGCAUGAAAGUGUAUUUUACGGUCUCGGAGAGUCGAGGCCUAUUGAAAAAUACUAUGAAGGAUCAAAACAUUGAAGAAUUGUUAGUUGAGCGGGCUGAACUCCAGUCUUUUAAAGAACGUCUUCUGAAAAACGACAGUUUACUUCCCAGCGAAUUACAGAGAAUGGGGGAUUGGAAUCUCGCCUUUGUACCGACCUAA